CGGAAAUCAGGGUUGCUCGGAGAAGCUCGGUAAUUACCGAGACUAACUAGUUCUCUGGUGCUUGUGAGGCGAUUAGGAGGCAAAGAUGUCGGAGCGAAAAGUAUUAAACAAAUACUACCCACCCGACUUCGACCCGUCAAAGAUCCCCAAACUGAAGCUCCCCAAAGACCGGCAGUACGUGGUACGGUUGAUGGCGCCCUUCAACAUGAGGUGCAAGACAUGCGGAGAGUACAUCUACAAGGGGAAGAAGUUCAACGCACGGAAGGAGACGGUACAGAAUGAGGUCUACCUGGGCCUGCCCAUCUUCCGCUUUUAUAUCAAGUGCACCCGCUGCCUGGCCGAGAUCACAUUCAAGACAGACCCUGAAAACACUGACUACACCAUGGAGCACGGGGCCACGCGGAACUUCCAGGCCGAGAAGCUCCUGGAGGAGGAGGAGAAGAGGGUGCAGAAGGAGAGGGAGGAUGAGGAGCUCAACAACCCCAUGAAGGUGCUGGAGAACCGGACCAAGGACUCGAAGCUGGAGAUGGAGGUGCUGGAGAACCUGCAGGAGCUCAAGGACCUGAACCAGCGCCAGGCCCACGUGGACUUCGAGGCCAUGCUGCGGCAGCACCGCCUGUCCGAGGAGGAGCGGCAGAAGCAGGAGCAGGAGGAGGAUGAGCGCGAGACCGCGGCCCUGCUGGAGGAGUCUAGAAAGAGGAGACUGCUGGAGGACUCCGACUCGGAGGACGAUGCUGCUCCUGCCCCGCCCAGGCCAGCCCUGCGGCCCAACCCCACCGCCAUCCUGGAUGAGUUUGAUGAUGACGAGCACCGCACGCAGAAACAGGCCCCAAAGGCCAAGAGGCGGGUGGAGAGCUGGGAGCAGAGCGUGGGCAGCCUCGGCAGGGCCCCCCUGUCGGGCCUCGUCAUGGUGAAGAAGCCGAGGGCAGACCCCGAUGGCAGCGCCAGAGAGGGCCAGGUGACACCGGCCCCAGGCACCCCGCAGAGCAGGAAGGCGGCUGACCCUGCGCCCCCACCGCCCGCCGCCUCCUCCCUGAGCCAGCUGGGUGCGUAUUUGGACAGUGACGACAGCAACGAAAGCAACGGCAGCAACUGAGCCCACAGGGGCCCGCCCCAUGUCAAGGGUCACUGGCCCAGCUUCAGCCCAGCUGGAAGCUGGAGUUGCUGGUGGUCAGGGCAGGUGGCCUUGGACCAACCAGAGCCACAGGGAUAAGCACCAGCUCGGCGGGGCCACGAUGUCUCCAGCCCGGGACUUGGCUCCCUCCUGCCCACAGCCACCCUGCAGCACCUCAGGGACCCCGCGCCUUCCCCCACCUGGCCUGGGCUGAGGACUGGGGCAUGCCCGGAGCGUCUCUCUCCUUCCAACAUGACUUCUUGGUCCUCUCUGGGGCAGUGCUGGACACGUCGGCCAUGUUUCAGGCACAUGGGUGCAUCACCCCCAGCUGCCCCAUCCCUUCCCUCCGUGGAACUGUCUAGAACCAAUAAAAGGAACCCGCCCCACUG